GUCCCUUUCCUUCUACUGGACAAGUUUAAACGAUUCUCAUACAUUUAUUUUCAUUUUUGUCUUUUCUCAAGUUUUCGAAAUGGGGUCCAAGGUCUGGCAUAUGUUCCUUCUCUUUGCCUUGGCAAUGGUGGCUGAAUGCGCCAAAUUUGACGAGGUCAAUUCGGGUAUUCACCAUCGGGACAACAACAGUCGAGAUUCGUGCAUUGGCGAGCACUGCAACAUUAAAGAUGAAAUAUUCAUGGAUUCCGAGACAAAUAUUCGACUACUUGCUGCAAGAAGAUACAUUUCAUAUGAAGCACUUAAGAGAAACAAUGUCCCGUGCUCCCAACAAGGACGAUCUUACUACGAAUGUUCCACUGGGGAACAGGUCAACCCUUACACUCGUGGUUGCACUUACGCAACACGUUGCAGAAGGUACACUGCUUAGUUAAAAAUAUAUCCUAUCACUGAUAAUCAAAUUUGUAAACAUAAUAUAUAAAUAUAUAUAUAAAUAUAAAAGGAUAUGGAGUUGUAAAGCUUCCAAUAGUUCUUAUCUAUAUCUCCUUCGAUUUCUUAUUAAUUUCUUUCUUGUUUAA